GUGCGCAGCCGGUGCGCUCUCCGUGCGCCCUCCCGGCGUAUCCCCGGGCACUUGCAGCCAUGAACGGGUCGGCGGCAGCGGGCGGCGAGGCGGGCUGGCAGCCCGAGUCGGUGAUCAUCCCGCUGCUCUACCUCCUCAUCUUCCUCGUGGGCACGGUGGGGAACUGCCUGGUGCUGGCCGUCCUGCUGCGCAACGGGCAGGUGAACAACACCACCAACCUCUUCAUCCUCAACCUGGGGGUGGCCGACCUCUGCUUCAUCCUCUUCUGCGUCCCCUUCCAAGCCACCAUCUACACCCUGGAGGGCUGGGUGUUCGGGCCCUUCAUGUGCAAGGCUGUCCACUUCUUCAUCUACCUCACCAUGUACGCCAGCAGCUUCACCCUGGCCACCGUCUCCCUGGACAGGUAUUUGGCCAUACGCUACCCCCUGCACUCCAGAGAGCUGAGGACGCCCAGGAACGCCCUCAUGGCUAUUUGCUUCAUCUGGGCUCUUUCCUUCAUUUUCUCGGGCCCUUACCUCAGUUACUACCAGGAGUUUCAGGUGGCCAACCUGACCGUCUGCCACCCCAUCUGGAAGAUCUCCCAGCGCAAGGUCAUGGACAUCUGCACAUUUGUCUUCAGCUACAUCAUCCCAGUCUUGAUCCUGAGCCUCACUUACAUGCGGACCAUCCGCUACCUCUGGAGAUCAGUGGACCCUCUCCAAGACAUGUCGGAGUCCAAGAAAGCCAAGCGGAAGGUCACUAGGAUGAUCAUCAUUGUAGCUGUCCUGUUCUGCCUCUGUUGGUUGCCCCACCACCUGGUCAUUCUCUGCGUCUGGUUCGGGUAUUUUCCCCUCAAUCAUGUCACCUAUGUGCUCAGGAUCCUCUCCCAUCUCAUCUCCUACGCCAACUCCUGCGUGAAUCCCAUCGUCUACGCCCUGGUCUCCAAACACUUCCGCAAGGGCUUCAAGAAGAUCUUCAUCUGCCUUUUGCGUAAGAAAGCAGCCAACAAGGUGCACGUGGCACAAGUGACAAACACCGUCAGCACGCUGGAGGCAGAGCUCAGCGAGGUGACCCACAUCAGCGAAGCCCUGCCUGGCCGGUCCUCCACACGCUGUAAGGUCCCGUCCCAGCCCUGGGGAGAGGCAGAGCCCGUGGGACAUCAGCAGAAAGCAUCUGGCUCCUUCAUCACCUUCAGCGUCACCUAGCAGAGCUCCUUCCCCACCCCAUGGCUUUGCAGCAUCUCCUGCAGUUUCACAAGCCUGGGGAUGGGCUACACUGUGUUUAAAUGCAUCAAAUUUCACCCUUUCCCCUUCAAACGCUCCCAAACGUCAAACCGUUCGAGUGAUGCUGCUUUCUGAGGACUCAGUCAGGUGAACACCUGAGGAUCCAAGUGCAGGAUUUGCUUCCCCUGAACAUUUGCUGAGAGCAGAGAGCUCAAAACCCUGAGUCAAUUUUUGUAUAAAAUCGCCUGUUGCUGUAUAUUGCUCAUCCCUUUCCGCGCAGACCUGCCAGGGAAGAAGGCCGUUUGCCGGGGGAAGCACGACCAAGCAGGGCUCCUUGGACACAGCCAGCAGCAGAG